GGAUUGAGCUGGGGCACAAGGAACAACAACUUGAUUCGGUUGUAGUUGAUAUGAAGGAGAAGAUCCUGGUGGAAACACGUUCACAAUAAUGUUGGAACCUGAAUAAAAAUGACAUAUUACAUAUUAUGAAAUACACAUAAGUUCCACUUACCGCUUCCACAUUGGGACGUGUUGAACCCCACACAAAGACCAUUCUGAAGAACAUAGGGCGGAUUACAAGUAUAAGUUGCGCAUUGAACGUUGACAGAAUUCUGUGGAGAUUGAGCUGUCGCAAACUUAAAUCCGAGCAAAAGCCAAGGCAGUAAUACAACUUGAUAGGCGAACAUAGCGAUUAGAACUGAGCUGAAAACCAAAACAAAUGUCUCUCACCUAUAUUGAUAUAUUUAAUAAUCAAAACGUGCAGCCGCUUGCGAAAGGUUAUCGGAUCGGGGCAAUUAUGUUUUUGUCACCGUGAAAUCAUUUUUCGGCGUCUCUCUCAGUUAGUCGUCAUCGGAGCUCAGUUGUUAGAACAUCGCUUUAAAUCGGAAGCUGCCGGAUUAUCAUGUCAAUUUCAUUUUGUGCAAUUUUGUCGCUUGUUUUUGCUAUUUACGGAAGCGUUACUGUAGCGGAGGCUUAUCAAAAUGAUGGUGGAGCGGACAUGGUGUGUCCAGUUGGCUAUGAAUUAAAGGAUAAUAUGUGCUACAAGAAGAACCGAUGUGAAGAAGGCUACUUUCUUCACACCGAUGGAAUGUGCUAUUUACUCAAUCCAAAGCCCUGUCCGCUUGAGACAACAACCUCACCAAUAGAAGAACCCACCACAACAGAAACAUCCACCACAACCACAGAAGAACCCACCACAACCACAGAGGAACCCACCACAACCACAGAAGAACCCACCACAACCACAGAGGAACCCACCACAACAGAAGAACCCACCACAACCACAGAAGAACCCACCACAACAACAGAAGAGCCCACCACAACAACAGAAGAACCCACCACAACCACAGAAGAACCCACCACAACCACCAGCACAGAAAACCCAAUUGAAGCACCUAUUGAACAAGUUCGCUGUCCACCUGGUUCCAUAUUCCUUAAUGAACAAUGCCGAAAGAUUAUCUGCUCCCAAGGUGAAUAUCAUAACGGUCGCUGUUUAUCAUCAGCUUGUCCCGUGGGCACAGUGUGGCGCAAUAAACGAUGUCAGUCGCCGGGUUACAUCACAACAAUAUUGGAAAUUGAUAAUGUGGUCAAAAAUCAGUUUAAGUAUCAAGCUGUCACUGAGAAUAUCAAGCGUGUGGAGUAUGAGACUCUAAAGCCCUACGAUCCGAGUUUGGAUUUCAACUAUGAGUCAACGACGCCAAUGACGGUUCCUUCUACAACAACAGCACCCCCAGAGGCUUAUCCAGGUGAAAUACCACCUGAUGGUUGUUGCGUGGUCAAAAGUCCUCGAUUUUGUCGUCCCUAUCCACCCACCUGGGUGUGCUUCAAUCGCCCACAUAAGCUUUGUGAUCGAAGGAUUUGUACGCAUGCUGUAAUCUAUUUGAAGCCCCCACAAAUUGUGCAGCUCACAGAUCCCCCGUUGUUGGUAAUGCCCCCGAAUCCACCAUUAUCAGCAUGCUCUACACCCGAUUGCCUGGAAAGUGAUGUCCUCAAUUGCUCGGGAUGUGCUCUGGGGGAUCGGAAGACGUGCUCCGCGGGCUGCUACAAUUACUUAUGCCCAGGGGGAAAUUGUCAGUUGAAAAACUCUGAGGAUUUUUGUGCACUGUAUCCUGGUGGUUUUGGAUGCAACAAAAGCGAUGGAUGUAUUUGGGAUUGGUGCACUGAAAAGUGUCGUUGAUGUAUACGCUGAAGAACUUUGCUUUGACAUUUAAUAGUUUAAAUCAAUAAACUUAAUGCGGUGAUUGAUUUUCUUAA